AUGGCGGCUGCUGUUGGCCAUCUGUUGGUGGUGUUAGGGUGCCCAUUGGGAUGGACUAAACAUGGCUCCGCGUGUUACCACAUGAGUUCAGAGAAAGAGUCCUGGUUUCAUGGAAUGACAAUGUGUCAGAUUCAUGGAUCCAGUCUUGCAUCAGUGUUAAGCCAAGAAGAACAGAACUUUAUUGUAGGUCUUAUGAAACAUUCACACAACAGUGUUGUUUGGCUAGGUGGUACAGACUGGACUUUAGAAGGCGCUUUUGUCUGGGAACCGUAUGGAGACAAAAUGAAUUACACACAUUUCGGUUCUGGGGAACCAAACAAUGGCGAUGGACGAGGUGAAGAAAAUUGUCUGUUGAUUGACGGCUCGUCACACAAAGACCACGCCUACGUCUGGGAUGACAGAGACUGUGAUGAUUCGCACUAUUAUGUUUGCAAACAAAUGGACGAUAUAACUGGAAACUUGGUCGGUUGA